GGAGGGGGCGUUAGUGUGGCUGCGGCGGCGCGGUUGAGGUGGUGACUUGGUUGGUAUGGCUCGCACGAAGCAGACGGCCCGCAAGUCGACCGGUGGCAAGGCCCCGCGCAAGCAGCUGGCCACCAAGGCGGCCCGCAAGAGCGCGCCGGCCACGGGCGGCGUGAAGAAGCCGCACCGCUACCGGCCGGGCACCGUGGCCCUGCGGGAGAUCCGGCGCUACCAGAAGUCCACCGAGCUGCUGAUCCGCAAGCUGCCGUUCCAGCGGCUGGUCCGCGAGAUCGCGCAGGACUUCAAGACGGACCUGCGCUUCCAGAGCUCGGCGGUCAUGGCGCUGCAGGAGGCGAGCGAGGCCUACCUGGUGGGGCUGUUCGAGGACACGAACCUGUGCGCCAUCCACGCCAAGCGCGUCACCAUCAUGCCCAAGGACAUCCAGCUGGCGCGCCGCAUCCGCGGGGAGCGGGCUUGAGUGAGCGCUCGGUUCGAGGUUCCAUCCCACCCAAAGGCUCUUUUCAGAGCCACCCACGA